GAUUUUUGCCAUCCCGGUCAGCGCCUUGCGGGGCACCUCCUCCCCCCGCGAGCAGCCGCCUCGUCACUCCUGCGAUCCGGCACUCCGGCCGCCUUCUCAAGCAGGCCUCUCCUCCCCCUCUCCUCGCUGGUGCCCGUCGCGCCGGGAUGACGUCACAGGGAGCGACGCGACGGCGCGCGGAAGAAGAAGGUGCGGCGGGGAAGAAGAAGAAGAAGAUGCCCCCGAAGGGGAAAGGCAAAGCCGGGAAGGGAGGAGCAGCCUCUGGCAGUGAUGGUGCUGAUAAGAAAGCCCAGGGCCCCAAAGGGGGUGGAAGUACUGUGAAGGUGAGGCAUAUUCUGUGUGAAAAGCACAGCAGAGCCCAGGAAGCGAUGGAGAAGCUGAAGGCUGGUGUGCGCUUCAGCGAAGUGGCCUCCCAGUACAGUGAGGACAAAGCCAGGCAAGGGGGAGACCUGGGCUGGAUGAGCAGAGGCUCCAUGGUGGGACCCUUCCAGGACGCAGCCUUUGCCUUGCCGGUCAGCAGCAUGGACAAGCCUGUGUACACAGACCCUCCUGUCAAAACCAAGUUUGGCUAUCAUAUUAUAAUGGUUGAAGGGCGGAAAUAAAAAGGUCCUCCCCGAG